CCCCGAACCUCAACACUUUAAUUUUUCAGUGGUCGAUCAAUCCCACUAUGAAUACAUGUAUUGUGGUUGUUAUUGCUGUUGGUAGCUGUGUGUUAAGCUAACGCUGACAUUAGUGUAUUAUCUAUCGAUAGAGAAAAGUCGGCGAUGAACGAACAUUGACGAUGUCCAGCUCAUCGUCUCCUUUAGGCUGCUUGGUUAUGGUGGAAGACUAGUUAACGUUUGGUUAUAUAACUUAGGAGAGACUAAAACCAGUGGUGGAAGAAGUAGUUAGACCCUUUACUGAGAUCAACUAAACAAUCAAAGGUUGCAGCCCUACGGCUCAGGUUACUUUAUUUUCUUUAAGCAAUUCAGAAGACAUGGCCUCAGCUCCAGCACAACAGCCCACCCUGACUGUUGAGCAGACCAGAGUGGUACUGAGUGAGGUGAUCCAGGCUUUCUCAGUACCAGAAAACGCUGCUCGGAUGGAGGAGGCUCGAGAGAGUGCCUGCAACGACAUGGGCAAGAUGCUGCAGCUCGUGCUCCCUGUGGCCACCCAGAUUCAACAAGAAGUUAUCAAAGCCUACGGAUUCAACAACGAAGGCGAGGGUGUCCUAAAAUUUGCCAGACUGGUGAAGAUGUAUGAAACCCAGGACCCUGAAAUUGCAGCCAUGUCAGCUAAACUGAAGUCCCUCCUCCUGCCACCUCUGUCGACACCACCUAUAGGAGGCGCCAUUCCAGCUUCAUAGGAACCAUUGAAAUCCACUGCUCAGCUGCAAGGUUACUUUCAUUUAAUGUUUUGGAUUUGUGUGACCAUACUGUAAUUCCAAGAUCAUGUCUAGAGUUUAUGGAAAAGUUCGUUUGAAACGCAAUACACUAAUGCUCUCCGGCAAAGAUUAAACACAUACCCUAUCUACAUUUAUGGUUUCAUUUAAAGCAACCUUGCAAA